AUGAAAAGAGCUGUUGGCACUUCUAACAAUGAAGAUGUUUAUCAUGAGAAUUCAUUUUUUGUUUUCUUUCUUUCAUUUCCCUUUUCUCUUUGUCCUUUUUCUCUCUCUUUUUUUUUUGCUUUUUUCUUUUCCCCUGUUUUCUUAACUUUCUUUUUUUUUCACUUUUUCCUUUCUUUCCCUCUUUUGUUUUUUUUCCUUUCCCAUUAUAUUUCUUUCUUUCCCUCUUUUGUUUUUCCUUUCCCAUUAUAUUUCUUUCUUUCCCUCUUUUGUUUUUCCUUUCCCCUUAUAUUUCUUUCUUUCCCUCUUUUGUUUUUUUUUUUUCCCUUAUAUUUCUUUCUUUCCCUCUUUUUUUUUUUUUCCUUUCCCCUUAUAUUUCUUUCUUUCCCUCUUUUGUUUUUUCCUUUCCCCUUAUAUUUCUUUCUUUCCCUCUUUUGUUUUUUUCCUUUCCCCUUAUAUUUCUUUCUUUCCCUCUUUUGUUUUUUUUCCUUUCCCCUUAUAUUUCUUUCUUUCCCUCUUUUGUUUUUUCCUUUCCCCUUAUAUUUCUUUCUUUCCCUCUUUUGUUUUCUUUCCUUUCCCCUUAUAUUUCUUUCUUUCCCUCUUUUGUUUUUCCUUUCCCCUUAUAUUUCUUUCUUUCCCUCUUUUGUUUUUUCCUUUCCCCUUAUAUUUCUUUCUCUCUUUUGUUUUUUUUCCUUUCCCCUUAUAUUUCUUUCUCUCUUUUGUUUUCUUUCCUUUCCCCUUAUAUUUCUUUCUUUCCCUCUUUUGUUUUUUUCCUUUCCCCUUAUAUUUCUUUCUUUCCCUCUUUUGUUUUUCCUUUCCCCUUAUAUUUCUUUCUUUCCCUCUUUUGUUUUUUCCUUUCCCCUUAUAUUUCUUUCUUUUGUUUUUUUUCCUUUCCCCUUAUAUUUCUUUCUUUCCCUCUUUUGUUUUUUUUCCUUUCCCCUAUUUUUUCUUUCCUUCCUUUUUCAUUUUUUCCUUUUCCCUUAUUUUUCUUUCUUUAAUACUUUUUUCUUCCCCUUUUUUCUUUUUAGCAUUUUCUUUUCCAUUUUCAUUUCUUGCCCUUUUUCUCUCUUUUCUUUUUCUUUUCUCUCAUAUUUUUCUUUUUCCCUUCUUUUCUUUUGA